AUGGAGGGACCGGAAGAAAAUGGGAGUGCUCAAGUUGGAGAAUUACUACCUUGCAAGAUUUGUGGACGAACAUUUUUUCCAGUGGCAUUAAAAAAACAUGGACCCAUUUGCCAGAAAACUGCCACUAAAAAACGGAAGACUUUUGAUUCGAGCAGACAGAGAGCUGAAGGAACUGAUAUUCCAACAGUAAAACCUCUAAAACCUAGGCCUGAACCGCCAAAGAAACCAUCUAAUUGGAGAAGAAAACACGAGGAAUUCAUUGCCACCAUAAGAGCAGCCAAAGGCCUGGAUCAGGCCCUCAAAGAGGGGGGCAAGCUUCCUCCUCCUCCUCCACCUUCUUACGAUCCUGAUUAUAUUCAAUGUCCAUAUUGCCAGAGGAGAUUUAAUGAAAAUGCGGCUGAUAGACAUAUAAAUUUCUGUAAAGAACAGGCAGCACGUAUUAGUAAUAAAAGCAAAUAUUCCACUGACGCCAAAGGCAAAGCAACUUCUCGGACACAGUAUAAGCCGCCUGCUCUCAAAAAGACAAAUUCUCCUGGGACCCUGUCAUCGGGAUCGUCACGAUUACCACAGCCAAGUGGCAGCAGCAAGACUGUUAUAGGUGUCUCUUCAGGUAGAGUGUCUUCAGUUAGCAGCUCACUGGGAAACAAACUUCAGACCUUAUCUCCCUCGCAUAAAGGGAUAGCGGCCCCUCAAGCAGGCACUAACAUCAAACCUCGAAAUUCCACACCACCUAAUUUGGCACGAAAUCCUGCCUCAGGUGUCCUUACAAGCAAGAGAAAAACAUAUGGUGAGAGUUACAUAGCCAGGCCAGACGGCGACUAUGUGUCUUCGCUCAACGGAGGAAACAUGAAAGGAUUUGAAGGAGGUUCAUCUGGACACUUACCCAAAUUCUGCCACGAGUGUGGGACCAAGUACCCUGUGGAAUGGGCCAAGUUUUGCUGUGAAUGUGGCGUUCGAAGAAUAGUUCUGUGA